CGUUGAACCGAGCUAUUCCCCCUGACUCUGAGGCCACUCCCUCUGAUCCCACCCCACCAUACACAAUGCGGAGAGCCCUCCGCCCUCGGCAGCACCCCCCGCCACCCUCCUCUCUCCCAUGGUACGCCCCACCGCCGCAGCCGCCGCCGUCGCACUCGCCGUCCACGACCGAGGCCGACCCCCUGAUCGUCGCCGCCUCCGAAGUCGCCCUCGCUCUGCCGGUCCACCCCGCCCCGCUCCCGGCCACCGCUCCACCGCCGCUCCUCCGCCUGCUCCCGGCUUUCACCUCCGGCCACUUCCUCUCCCUCCUCCGCCGCAACCCGCUCUCCCUCCCGCCGCUCCCGAUCCUCUCCCUAUUCCGCCUCCUCCUCCUCGCCUCCCCUCCCGGCCUCUUCCGGCACACGCCCUCCUCCUUCCUCUCCAUGUCCCACCACCUCCUCGUCCACCGCCUCCCGCACCUCGCCCGCCCGCUCCUCCGCCUCCUGGCCUCCCGGCUCGGCCGCUCCUCCGCGCCGCGCCUUCUCCCAGACCUCCUCCCCGCCGCCUCCCCCGGCGACCCCGCCCCUCUCGUGUCGGAGCUCGCCGCGGCAUACGCCGACGAGGGCCUCCUGCCCGACGCGUGCUCCCUCGUCCUCCUCGCCCUCCGCCGCGGCAUCUCCCUACCGGCACCCGUGUGCUCCGGCCUCAUGAGCCGGCUCCCGAGUACUCCCGAAGCAUACACCUUCUACCUGCAGCUGCUUGACGCGGGCAUGGCCCCGGAGACCAGACUGUUCAACGUGCUGAUGCGAGAUUUUGUUAGACUCGGGGAGCUUGUGAGUGCACGCAAGGUGUUCGACGAAAUGCGGAGGAGCGUGCAGCCGACAGUGGUCACCUUCAACACCUUGAUUUCAGGCAUGUGUAGGGCACGUGAUCUGGACGCUGUAGAUGGUCUGUAUAAGGAAAUGUCGGAUGUGGGCGUCAAACCGGACGUCUAUACUUAUGGUGCUCUGAUAAAGGGUUUCUGCAGGACAGGGAGGAUGGAGAACGCGGUAAAGAUGUUUAAUGAAAUGCGUGAUACAGGCGUGAACCCCAACGCCGUUGUGUUCACAACGUUGAUAGAUGCACAUUGCAAGGAGGGGAAUGUGAAUGCUGGGAUGGACUUGUACCAGGAUAUGAGAGUAAGAGGCGUCAUGCCAGAUUUGGUGGCAUACAACGCACUGGUGAACGGGCUUUGUCGGGCGAGAAAUUUGAAGGCUGCUGAAAGCAUCGUGGAAGAGAUGAAGAAUGCGGGUCUCAAGCCGGAUAAGGUGACUUACACUACCCUCAUUGAUGGUUGUUGCAAGGACGGCAAACUAGACAUGGCAAUGGAUAUUAAACAGAAGAUGGCAGAAAAGGAGGUUUCAUUGGAUGAGGUGACAUAUACAGCGCUCAUCUCGGGGCUGAGCAAAGCAGGACGGCCAGUCGAUGCUGAGAGGGUUCUGCGUGAGAUGAUGGAAGCUGCUUUGGAGCCUGACAACACGACCUACACAAUGGUGAUUGAUGCCUUCUGUAGAAAAGGUGACGUGAAGACAGGCUUCAAACUACUGAAGGAGAUGCAGAACAAGGGUAAAAAACCGGGAGUUGUGACAUAUAAUGUGAUUAUGAAUGGGCUCUGCAAGCUGGGGCAGAUGAAGAAUGCUGACAUGCUUCUGCAUGCAAUGCUUAAUAUAGGUGUGUCCCCAGAUGAUAUCACAUACAACAUUCUUCUGGAUGGGCAAUGCAAGCAUGGAAAAGUUGCCAAUUCUGAAGAACUGGAGAGUUCAAAAGGAAUGGUGCCAGAUUUUGCUGUCUAUACUUCACUAAUCAGCGAACUCGCCAAGAAGAAGCCAGCUAAGAACUACCACGAUAGAUAAGGUUGCUGAAGUGGGUAAAGGUAUUUUGACUACUCACUCGUCAGUAAACGGCCCUUGAUCUGGAAGACAGAAAAAUGGAAUAUGAAUACUGAAUAGGGUCAGCAAGUUUAGGCAGGUGAAUAAUGCCAAUCCACUCCUCGAAGCUCAGGAUUCUAAAAUAUUGACAACCAGAAUACCACAUAUGUUUCUUGAUUAUGUACUUUCACUUCUCUGAUCAGUAAAUUUAUGAAGAUGGUGACAGAUGUUUACUCCAAGGUUGAAA